AUGUCCUCCAGCGGUGCUUUUAACAACCCCAUCAUCCCCGGAUUUAACCCAGAUCCUUCAAUCUGCCGUGUGGGUGACGACUACUUUCUUGUGACCUCAACAUUUGAAUACUACCCUGGAAUCCCGAUCUACCACAGCAAAGACCUUCUGAAAUGGCAACUCAUUGGCCAUGUCAUCACAAGGCCUUCGCAGGUCAAUAUGCGAACUACUGAGCCAUCUGGUGGACUUUGGGCGCCGACAAUUCGGUAUCACAAGGGACGAUUCUAUGUCUCACUAGGGUGUACACAUCGUUUUAGACCAAAGGAAUGGGAUAUUGUAAUUCCGCGUGGAUUUUAUGUCUCCACUUCAGAUAUUUGGGCUUCAAACUCCUGGUCUGAUCCAGUAUUCUUCGAUGUUCCCGGGAUUGAUCAAGAUCUUUUCUUCGAUGAUGAUGGAAAGGUUUACUUCUCUGCCGUCAACAUGAUCAUUGAUCCCAGAGUGAAAAAACAUGGUCUAGGACUGGCAACUUUCACAGCCGAGAUUGACCUAGCAACUGGUCGAUGCUUAAGUCCAAUUCAAUGGAAUCGAAUCUCGCCAUUCGGAAUCGGCAUUGCAGAGGGUCCUCAUAUCUUCAAAAUAGGUGGAUACUACUAUCUGAGCACAGCCGAUGGCGGCACCGACGAGGGCCACCAGCAAUGGAUCUGUCGCAGCACAACAGGACCCUUUGGGCCUUGGGAGGUAGGUCCAGAAGGAUCUGUCAAUCCGGUGAUCUUCAACGGCGACGAUCGUUCAAUCCGCAACACAGGACAUUUGGAUUUCAUCGAGACACCUAACGGAAAGUGGUGGGCCGUGUUCUUGGGUGUCCGACCUCAAGGCGAAAAGUCCGAGUUGAUCUCACAACUUGGACGAGAAACAUUCCUUGCUCCUGUUGAAUGGGUCGAUGGAUGGCCAAUUGUCAAUGGUCGGCAAAGAAUCGGCCUGCAGAUGCAGGCGGAGGAUAUGCAUCUUCUAUCUCGCCCGCAAGCCUGGCGAGAUGAGUUCCAAGGCCCGGAACUGCAACUAGGAUGGUACAACUUGCGAACGCCGCUGAAGAAGGAAUAUUCUUUCUCUGAACAACCAGGGUUCCUCAGUAUCUAUGGAAGCGCACAUCGGAUUGAUGGCUCUGAGUGUCCAUCCAUGCUACUCCAAAAGCAGACUGAAUUUUCCGCAGAUUGGCGCGUGAAAGUGGAGUUUGCUCCCACAGAAGCCGGGCAUGAGGCCGGAACAGCGAUUUGGUGGUCACAGUUUGCACAUGCUUCAAUUGGGCUGAGGAAACCCUUUGAUGAGGAAAAAGAAGGACUGGAAGUUGCAUCACGAUGUUACGAUGAGACUGCCGAUGAAUUCAAGGAAACCACAUACCAACUACCCCUUAAGAAUUCCUCGAUCGAGCUCAUAAUCCGCGCACGACCUACAAAUUACGAACUCCUGUUCUCAACGCAAGACGACAAACUAAUGAAGUUGGGUGAAAUAUCCAGCAAAGCAUUGACACACCGCCGGUCGGGCAAAGAAUCUCCCAACACUGGAGCUCAUUUCGCGAUCUAUGCGCAAGGCUCCUAUGACAAACCAUGUUUCAACCCGGCGCAUUUCGAGUUUGCAGAGUGGAAGGUCGUUUAG